AGUGGUCUACUGAAGCUGUGAGAUGUAAAAAUGCAUAAAUAGGGAAGCGUUCUGCCUUAGAGGAAAGCACCCGCCACCCGUUGUCGACCGUACUCGGCCCUUCCUCGAGUUGUUGUGUAACACUACUUGAUUGAAAUUCACCACUUUUGUUAAGUGGUCAACCCAUAAAGUUGUGGUUUCAAUGGAGAAGCAUGAUAGAGAGAGAGAGAGAGAGAGAGAGAAAUGGAAGCAAAUCAACGCCUCUUCAGAAGCCACGGAGUCGUUACUUAGUUGGGGUCAGGCGCUGCUUUGUCAAACUCAUCCACUCAAAUCUGUGUAGAUAGAGCUAUAUUUCAUCUUCAUCAUAACAUAUUCACACACACAGUUAGCAGGAGAAGAACUGUGUCUGUAUACACAAUGGGGGCUAUCGAUUCCAUAGGCAUAAGGCUCAACAACAAUGCCCAUCAUUACCCUCUUUCUUCUUCAAUUUCUGCCCCAAAUGACUGUUGCAGCAGCUAUGGCCGUUUCUUGGGUCUUCGUUUUUCUCUUCGCCCAAAACGAACUGGGUUUCGUUUUAGGUCAUUUUGCGCUCUGCCCGGCAGCGGAGAAUCUGAAUCCCCUGUUCCUGGUAGCAGCGACGGUCGGUUUAGCAGAGGCGAAGGUUCGCCGUCGGCGACGGGUAUAAAAUGGAGCAAAGAAGAGGAGGAAGAAGAAGACAAUACAGAAGAAGACGAAGAAGAAGAAGAAGAAGAAGAAGAAGAAGGUAUCCCCUCUGGAAUUGGGAGUUCAACAAUAAUCUCAUCGUGUUUCGUUGGUGUUCUUACGGGCAUCGGCGUCGUGCUCUUCAAUAACGCAGUGCAUGAGCUACGUGAUUUUUUCUGGGAUGGAAUUCCUAAUAGAGGAGCUUCUUGGUUAAGAGAAAUGCCUGUUGAAGAAACAUGGAAACGAGUUAUAUUAGUUCCUGCUUGUGGGGGAUUUCUUGUCAGCUUUCUAAAUCUGCUUAGAGAGGCUACAGACAAUGAUCCUUCCACUAAACUUAGAGUUCCAGUUUCCAUUUCUAAUCAAUUCAGGGCUGCACUGCAACCUUUCCUUAAGGCUGUAGCUGCUUCUGUAACACUUGGCACAGGUAACUCUUUGGGGCCGGAGGGUCCGAGUGUCGACAUCGGUACUUCUGUUGGCAAGGGUGUUUCUACUGUGUUUGACAGGAACUCUAGAACUAAGCUUUCUCUGAUAGCUGCAGGAUCAGCUGCUGGCAUCUCAUCUGGGUUUAAUGCUGCAGUUGCUGGCUGUUUCUUUGCUGUUGAGUCAGUCCUGUGGCCAUCUCCUGCAGAUUCAACUUUUUCUCUCACAAACACUACUUCAAUGGUUAUCUUAAGUGCUGUAAUAGCUUCUGCUGUUUCACAAGUUGGUCUUGGGGUCGAACCAGCAUUCAAGGUUCCCGAGUACGAUUUUCGCUCGCCGAGUGAGCUUCCACUGUAUCUGUUGUUGGGUGCACUCUGUGGCUUGGUUUCAUUGAGCUUUUCUAAAUGCACAUCUUAUAUGCUUGCAACCGUCGACAAAGUUCAUAAGGACUUCGGUGUGUCGAGGGCUUUGUUUCCUAUUCUAGGUGGCUUCUCUACUGGACUGAUAGCCUUGGCAUACCCUGAAAUUCUGUACUGGGGGUUUGAGAAUGUUGAUCUUUUGUUGGAAUCUCGGCCAUUUGUGAAACCCCUCUCAGCUGAAUUGUUGGCCCAGCUUGUUGUUGUCAAGAUUUUGGCGACCUCUUUGUGUAGAGCAUCUGGACUAGUAGGAGGGUACUAUGCGCCAUCUCUGUUUAUUGGCGCUGCAACUGGAAUGGCAUAUGGGAAAUUCAUUGGCAUUGCACUUUCUGAGCCCAACACAGCGAUCGACUUCUCCAUUUUCGAAGUGGCGUCCCCUCAAGCUUAUGGAUUGGUUGGAAUGGCUGCUACUCUUGCUGGGGUUUGUCAGGUGCCUCUUACUGCUGUUUUGUUGCUUUUUGAGCUGACACAGGACUACCGAAUUGUUCUUCCUUUACUCGGAGCUGUCGGGGUGUCGUCGUGGUUAACAUCCGGUCAGAAAAGGAAAAGGAGUUCCCAGAAGACAAAGAAACUCCCUCUAGGGAAAAUUCUUAGUACUCAACAAACUACAACAUAUGACAGUAAUGCAAAUGACCAAUCUUCCAAUUAUGCAGAUGAUGGACAGGAAACUUACCCAAAUGAUCUCUGUGAAAUUGAAAGCUCACUUUGUGCAUAUGAUUCUGAUAGCGAAAUUGUAGAGUUAGAAAGGAAGAUAUGUGUGUCUGAAGCCAUGACAACAAGAUACGUUACUGUCUUCAUGGACACUUUCCUUAAAGAAGCGGUAGAUCUCAUGCUUGCAGAGAAGCAGUCCUGUGCAUUGAUUGUGGAUGAAGAGAACACUUUGAUUGGCAUAUUAGCCCUUGAAGACAUUCAAAAGUUAAGCAAAAAUGUAAUAUCAAGAACUGAGAAACUAAAGGGGCUAGUAGUUUCUGAGGUUUUCUCACUGGAUGGCGAGAUAUGUCGAGUACCAUGGACAGCAACUCCGAGUAUGGACAUUCUUACAGCUAAAACGGUUAUGAAGAAUCUCGGUGUGAGCCAAGUUCCAGUGGUGAAAGAUCAGAUGGGUUACCUUGUGGGUGUUCUAGACUUGGAGUGUAUUGAUCUCACUUGCAGAAUUCUUGCAACAAGAGAAUCCCUCAGCUGAUGAUAGCUAAGACAAAGUGGAGCAUGAAAGCUUAGGCACACAGAGUAUAAAUCACAGCACAACACAAUGCAACUACUGAGGCUGCUAUUCAGUGCAGCAGAAAUAAGCACCAGCAGGGCAAAAUCCUUCAUUCUUUGUGCAGUAACUUCAUUGUUUACUUUGGAAGACAAGCUACAGUACACACACAUGGCAUUAACCUUUUCAGAUAAGCUUGAAAAUCCUCACUACCACAGCUCACACAUCAUUGCGUUGUGGUUUUGAUUAAUAUCCUAUUCUCAAACAAACCCUUUCUCCUCUUUGUAACCUCAUGAACACAUAUACAAGAGUGAAGGUAGAGUUGGAUUGUAGAUACCUCUAGUUUCUUUAUGGUUUUUUUUUUUCAUAAUAAAAUUUUGUUUUCAACUCGUU